GUUGUAUAUAGAACACAUGCAUACCGCAUACAGUUAGAAGGGGGCUUAAGGACUGCCAUCGAAUGUGCAGUGAUGUGUACACAAUCGCAUCACUGGAUAAAUACAAACAUUUAUUUGCCUAGACGAGAAAAGACUCCCCGUUCUUAAGUAUGUCCUUGAAAGUGCGACCUUUGUGGACGAAAAAGCGAAAUACGACUGUUGCUGCUCGUGGAUGGACACUGAUGUAAACGAUGCUGCGGCCUCUAGCUGGCUCAUAUUACGUCUGCGUAUGCGAAAUUGAAGGCCGCGUGUGACCCUGUUACAGCAUCCUUGUAAAGGGAUAUGUUUUUGUUUUAACGGUUACAUUUACCAUUUCCUACCCGAUUAUGGUUACCGUUAUCGUGGAUUAAUAGCGUAUCUGGACAAGGCGACAUACAGUAUUACUCCGGCGAUUCGCAACUGAUCUGUAUACGAGCGGACAUAAUGCAUAUGUUUGUACGGUUACGCUAUUAAAAUUCAUGAAUGGAUGGGAUAUAUUAGCAAUAUGACGGAUUGUUGGUUAUAAUACACCAUGAGCUGCGACAAUUAUUGUUAAAGAAUAGGUACAACAUGGCGCGCGUCAGCCGUGGCAAAGCGUUAGUCCCCUUUCAACUGGGGCUUUGAUUGAGCAGUUUCCGGCAACUUUUCAUCUCUCUUUUUCCCCCGCGCGGGCACCGAAAUGGCACUGCACCGCACAACGCUGGCCGAGCGGCUUCCCUGAUAUGUAUAUAUGCAUAUUGUUCUGUUGAUUUUCGGUCCCUUUUCGAGCGCUGGCCGAUCACUCAUGUUGUCCACUGUUUACGCAUUUGCAUGCUUAGAGCCCAGGCGAGUUUGGGUCGGGUUUUUAAGGAACGGCACAAUACUCCCGUAGACCAGUUUGCCGUUUCACUGUUAUAUGCAGAUUGCUGCUACUCAGCCCAACCGGAAUGCGGCCAAUAUGUAUGAGCUGAGACUUAGGAGGUUAUGUGGACUCUUAAAAUCCACUUUUUCCUGCAUUCAUCAUUUGCCGCUGGCUCGGUUAUAUGAAUGUCAUUGCAUAUGAUGCAGCCGCUUAGUGCCAACAAUACAUGGCCAUGUUCUUAUUUUUGAACUUUGCAUGCUGAUCAGGACUGGCAAAUCAAAUAUGACAUGCAGCAUGGAUGUGUGCCACGGCCGUAUUUAACAUGGCCACACAUGCCUGGGUGUGCUUUUUACGAUCUAUAUAUGGUAUUUAGUCCGGGGAUCAGUGUGCGAUCCCGUAAUAUAGCGUGACCUUUGUUGCAUCACUAGCGCUUCAGCUAUUCAUCGCGGUUACAUAUGGUGCGCCGUAUCACCUGUCAUUGAGCAUCCCGCGAUCGAUACCUUUUCAUUCGAUAUCGUCUUCGUUAACCCUUUGAUCAGAUGCGAAGUUCGAUGUAUAGAAAGCGAUACUGGCAUGAAAUGCGCAACAAAACCCUUAUUGGUGGGAUUAUGAUGCCCAUAUAUGAAUCAGCCAAAUAAAUUUCCACCAGCAUCUCUGAUAAACAGGAACGGAAUAAUUGUUAAAUCGCAGUCACUAUGGUUCUGGUGCAGAAACGAAGCAGGGGAACAAACAGCGUUAGAAAAGUUUCAAGAACAAUGUUUCGAAGCUCACAAUCAUUUUCGCACCCUUCAUGGAUGUCCUCGGUUGAAGUGGUCCGAAGAAUUAGCCCGACAAGCUCAACACUGGGCCGAACAUAUCGCGGAAAAAGGAGUUGUUCAGUACAGCGAACAGUCAGGAGUCGGAGAAAAUAUCUGCAUGCUCAACAUGAGUCGAGAUGCGGAAAUUCGUGGCGAUGUUGUUACGCGAAUCUGGUACAACGAAAUCCGCCAGUACGACUUCACGGAGCCCGGAUGGCGGAAGAAUACGAUCCAUUUCGCUCAAGUUGUCUGGAAAAAGACAUCGGAAAUGGGAUGUGGGAUGGCGCGGAGCACGAAAAAAAGUACAGAUUUUGUGAUUAUUGUGGCCUAUUACCGUUCCCCGGGGAAUGGCAAUCUCCCCGGAGAGUUUGCUCAAAAUGUUCCCGCGCCAAAAUAUCAAGUUCGUUUCAACAGUCAUGAUUCCGUCAACGGAUUUCUCACGUAGAGUGAUCCGCUAGUGUUUGCCUGGCCUGACCGACUGUUUGUCCCAAACCGGCCACCAUACACGGCAGAACAAUGCAUUUCCUAAUACGCACUUUCCCCGUGUGUGCAGUAUAUGUGUGUUGUCAGCGGCACUUAUCCCGUUUUUGUUUUCUAUCCUGGACACGAGAGAUUCGCGGCAUUUGACUUUCGUCUGAGUGGAUGGAAGCCGGCGCAUAAAAACAUCUCAACGCGGGUGCGCAGUGUUUAGGCGCAUGGCAGAGUGCUGGCGAAUUGGCGUUCGAUGUGUUUGUGCGCCACUGUGCGCCGCGCGCGCAAUACUGCCAACUUGCAAGUGCCGGCAGCCAUGCAGAACGGACACUUCUCUUCCAGUUCAUUUUGCGCAAUCUCGUAUCCCCCACUCAUUGAAAUUCCCAAAGGAACAUGCCAUUGAAUCAUUCAGGAAUGAGUGAUGACAUUCAAUAUGUACAAAACUGAGGGUUUGCUCUUUCUCUUUUGACUGUUCCAUUCGCGCAUUUUCCUAUCGGACACAGCGUCUGCGACAACAAGAUCGAUCAAUGAUCGUUUAUUUGGUCAUAAUAUGUCUUCUGUGUUUAAUGUGCCUUUCUUACUAUAUGUUUCUUCGUUAUAAGUGUCUCCUGGAAUUGAAACGUAUUCCCUCGCAUUUCUACGACAGCAAAUGCAGCAAAAUUAACAAGUUUUGUUGCACGUUGGUCUGUUGUGUGAUAGCCGGAUUUUUUACUGUAUUGUAGACUUAACCAUAUAUGUAAUAACUAUGUGGUUUUUGUUCACUUUUUUGCCACUGUGCUGUAUGUGGACGUACGCAUGGAUCUAUUCGGAAAUGAUUUGACAAUUACGGUGUGGGUUCAUGAUGUCUAAAACCUGGACAAAAACUUCUCUUUAGGUCUG